AUGCGCUCCAGGGAGACUUUUGACAACAUCUAUCUCGAUCUCUCCAAGCAGACUGGCAAGUGUCGCUUUGCCGAGUCUGGUCUAGGCUGGAAGCCAUCAGGUCCUGGCGAUACCUUCACCCUGGACAAGGCCGAGAUCAUCUCAUCACAGUGGAGCAGGGCCGCAAGGGGUUUUGAAGUCAAGAUCUAUUCAAGAAACUCUGGUGUCAUUCAGCUGGAUGGUUUCAUGCUCGAUGACUACGACCGCCUGUCCAGAUGCUUCAAGCUGUGGUACAGCAUCAACCUUGAACAGAAAGAGCAUGCCCUACGUGGCUGGAACUGGGGAAAGGCCGACUUUGGCAAGGCAGAACUUGCCUUCAAUGUGCGCAACCAACCCGCCUUCGAAAUUCCUUACACCGAGAUCUCAAACACCAACUUAGCCGGCAAGAACGAGGUCGCAGUCGAGUUUUCACUUCCUGGCGAUGGCGACGAGACGGGUACUAAUGGAGCGCUUGGAGGUGCCAGAGGCAGGGGCAAAAAGGCUGGCGGCUCUGUCGACCAGAUGGUUGAGAUGCGCUUCUACAUCCCUGGAACAGCAACGCGCAAAGAAAAGAAAGAAGAGGGUGACGAAGACGGCAGCGAAGCCGAUGGCGAGGACGAUCAGCAGAAUGCCGCCAACCUCUUCUACGAGAUGCUCAUGGACAAAGCAGAAAUCGGCGAAGUUGCCGGCGCUACCUUCGCUACCUUCCUCGAUAUUCUGCAUCUUACUCCUCGUGGACGCUUCGACAUUGACCUCUACGAGAGCUCUCUCCGACUCCGUGGCAAGACUUAUGACUACAAGAUCCAGUACGAUUCAGUCAAGAAGUUCUUCCUUCUGCCCAAGCCUGACGAUGUUCACCAACUCAUCUGUAUUGGCCUUGAUCCUCCGCUGCGCCAAGGUCAAACUCGCUACCCAUUCUUGGUCAUGCAAUUCAAGCGCGAGGAGGAUAUCGUCCUAGACUUGAACAUGACCGAAGAAGACCUCGAGAACAAGUACAAGGGCAAACUUCAGCCCCGUUACGAGGCACCCAUCGCCACUGUCAUCUCAAAAAUCUUCCUGGGCUUGACAGGCAAGAAGAUUCUGCAGCCCAGUCGCGACUACAAUUCACAUCACCAGCAAUCGGGUGUCAAGUGCUCGGUCAAGGCCAACGAGGGUCAUCUCUUCUGUCUGGAACGCGCUUUCCUCUUCGUGCCUAAGCCUGCUACUUACAUCGCUUUUGACAACGUCUCCGCCAUUACCAUGUCUAGAGUGGGUGGCGCUGUGAGUGCUUCCCGUACCUUCGACAUUACCGUAUCGCUCAAGGGUGGCGGUGAGCACCAAUUCUCAAACAUUAACCGUGAGGAGCAAAAGUCGUUGGAGAACUUCUUCCAGCUCAAGGGCAUCAAGACUAAGAAUGAGAUGGAGGAAGAAGGUGCCCUAAUGGCAGCCGUGUUACAAGACGGCGACCUCGACUCCUCUGACGAUGAAGUCGUUGCAGCUCGUGGUUCAGCCGAUGAAGACGAUGAAUCUGUUGAUGAAGACUUCCACACUGAGUCAGAGUCUGAUGUUGCUGAGGAGUAUGACAGUGCCCACGACAGCAGUGGCGACAGUGACGAGGAGAUGGCCGAUGCUGGAGGAAGUGACGCGGAGAGCAAAGUUGAGCCUCCCAAGAAGAAGGCGAAGACAGCAAAGUGA